UAUUUUCUGUAAUGAUAAUGUAGAGGGGUUGAUCGUCAGGCGGAUGAUCAUUCUGAAAUUUCACAUCUGAACUAAUUUUAGGCUAGAAUAUCAAAAUGAAUGUUGUUUUGGCAGUAAAGCAGUACAUUGCAAAAAUGGUAGAAGAGAGUGGUCCUGGGAUGAAAGUUCUACUCAUGGACCGAGAAACGAUCAGUUUUGUGAGUAUGGUGUAUGCACAGUCAGAGAUCCUUCAGAAAGAAGUUUACCUCUUUGAACUAUUGGACACGAAUUCUCGUGAGGCUAUGAAGCAUCUUAGGUGCAUUGUAUUUAUUCGUCCGACAAAGGAAAACAUUGAACUUCUUCAAAAUGAACUGAAUAGGCUGGAAUCCUAA